AUGGAUGUUGAUAUAGGGAAUUAUUUUAAGCAGAAGUGCUAUGAUGACAAAUUGUUAGAUUUCAUCCGAUACGAUGUCAAAACGCCUAAAAGGAUCAAAUACAUAUUACAAAAGUCCAUGGCGAUGGAUGAAGAAAGUGUACGAUUACAAAGAUUUUACCAAUUGGGGCUAGACCUGAAGUUGAAGCAUUUCAAAAGGAAAUCAUUAAAGAAGCAAGGGCGAAUCAAAAAUGCUAGUGAGGAGUUGUUACAAUUAGCCAAUGAACAAUUGAAACUAUUUAAUAGGAUAGUAGAGAGAGAAACCAAUUGGAUAAUCUACCCGUUAUGGGUAAUGGCCAAGCAAUUGAUUUGUCUGGCAAAUGAAUCAAACGAACUCAAUAGAGACUCUAUUGAAGAAUGUGGGCGUACCAUCCAUAGAAGUUUUACCAUAUGUCUCAAUGAUAGAAACCCAAGACUGAAUGAAAACAAGAAAAUCGGAUGCUACAUGUUUGCCAAUUUAGAAUUUGCCAUCUAUCAUCGAUUAAAGAAUAAAGAUAUGAUUAAAAACCUGGUGAAAGUGCUCGAGAGCCGAGUAAAUGCUCGGGAUAUCCCGCCCUUGAAUCAAAGUUUGGCCAUAGAGCACAAAUCUCAGAUAGUGCUGUAUAAUUACUAUUUGGGCCAAUACUAUGGAUGCCUGGAAAAUGACCACGAACGCGGAUUCUUCCACCUAAAUGAGGCACUCUUGCAAUGUCCAUUGCUCUAUGUGGAAUCCACAGGCAAGUUUGUCUUACAGCACCAAAUGGAAAAGAUAAUGGCACUGGUGGUCCCGCUCGGGCUUCUAACCAAAAGGCUGUAUCCUCGUUGGGACCAUCCAGUAAUAAAAGGGAUAAUCGUUGGAAGUAAGCGUUUGGGCCAAGUUUAUCCGACCUUAGUGCGCAGUGUGAUCACAGGAAACUUGCCACUUUUUGAUGCCACUAUGGCCAAGCAUGAGAGGUUCUUCCUGAACCAAGGCCUGCACGUCACAAUGACAUUACUUCGAGAAGUGGUUUUCGUUCGUUUGGUACAACGGUGUUGGCAAUGGGGCAACGACCAGAAAAGCGUCAUGCCCUUACAUAUCCUGCUGGCAAUGACUUUCCAGUCCGAUCCCGCGGACGAGAGCGAAGAAGAGCAAUUGAAUUCCCUUGAGUGCCGCUUAGCGAGUGCCAUAUCAAACGGGCUAGUACGUGCUUACCUUUCUCACUCCAACCGUUGUAUCGUUUUUAGCAAGAAAGAACCUUUCCCCCAUGGGAAUUGA